UGCUAAUAGUAGUGCUAAUAUAACGACUGAAGAUUUAGUUGUGGGAUCCUUGAUGUGACGUGGUAUUUAAUUUCAGAUGCCAUGUCACUGAAUCGGCGCCAUUUGAAAGGUUGAAACAGUCGCGGUAAGGAAGAGAAAUGCCCGGGGAAAGGGUUCGGAGGUUUCGGUAUUUCCCUAACCUCCUUUUUCUGUUGUUCAAUUCACACAUUCAUUCAUAUUUCAUCACAUCGACAGGGUUCUUCUUUUGUUCAGUUUAGAAUAAUUAAUUAAGUGGGAAAAAGAGCGAGUGAUGGGGAACUUGUGGUCGGCCGCCGCAGAACCUCCACCGCCUAUGGUGUUAGUUCCGCCGCUCUUCGAUUUUCCUCCUCUCUCUGCCCGUACAAGGAUGCUGGAAUCAUCGUAUAACAUGUUAUUUGGGAAACUGGCAUUGAAAUGCCUUUUUGAGGAUUAUUUCGAGGAAGCUAGGCACUUUAGCACCAGGAUUAUGCUUAAGCCAAUUGAUGAUGCACACGUUGAUUUGAUUGCAACUGUUGAAGGCCCACUUGACAACAAACCUGAAGAGAAAAUUGUAGGAAAUGCACAAUUUCGUUGGCAAAGUGAUGUUGAGGAUCCACAUACCUUUGUCGACCUUUUCGUAUCAAAUGAUGAUCCGAUCCUGCUGAUGAGAUCAUGUGCAUUCUACCCUAAAUUUGGGUUUGGAGCUUUUGGCAUUUUCCCAGUACUUUUAAAGAAUAGAGUAUCUUCAAAAGAUUAUGGAAUCAUGGGUUUGAGAUAUGGCUCAUCAAAUCUCUCAGUUGGAGCUACUCUUAUGCCUUUCUCUUUGGGAGAUGAUGUUCCCAAAAGCGCAUGGCUCAUAAGCAAGAUGGGAAGGUUAACCACAGGGGUGCAGUAUGAAUCACAGUUUGGAAACACAAAUGGCGCAAAGUAUAAGAACUUAGAAAAUUGGAGCUGUGCCAUUGGCUAUGGAGUGGGAUCAGGCAGCCCUUUGAGCCCAUCCUUCAAUUUUGGUCUUGAGCUUGCUAAAAAUUCACAGUUUAUUGCUUCAUUCUAUCAACAUGUGGUGGUUCAAAGAAGGGUGAAAAAUCCACUAGAAGAAGAUGAAGUAGUUGGAAUUACUAACUAUAUUGACUUUGGAUUUGAGUUGCAGACGAGUAGGGUUAAUGAUGAGAAAGCUCCAAGCAGCAUCCAAGAUUCCACCUUUCAAGUUGCUGCAUCUUGGCAAGCUAAUAAAAAUUUCUUGCUUAAGGGGAAGGUCGGGCCUCUAAGCUCAUCUUUAGCAUUGGCGUUUAAGUCAUGGUGGAAACCUUCCUUCACUUUCAAUGUUUCAGCUACUAGAGAUCGUACCAAAGGAGCAACAGCCUUUGGAUUUGGCAUUCGUGUUGACAAUAUUAGAGAAGGAAGCUAUCAAAGGGCUGAUCCAAACUUUGUAAUGCUGACACCAACUAAGGAGCACUUGGCAGAAGGCAUACACUGGAAAGUUGGGAAGAGACCAUUACUUCAAUCUGAUGUGAAUUCUGGGAAUUUUGAUGGCAUGCCGAGGGAAUUGAGACCCUUGGGCAAAAUGUUGUAGUGUCAUUUCUUUGUUCUAGUUGUCAUAGCUUUUGAGAAGUAGUCUCUGCUGCUACAUAGCAGAGGAACUUUGUGCUAUUAACUGCUUGUUUAGACAGUUUUAACUGGUUAGACAUUUUAUACAUGGAAAAAUGUUCUCUACUUCUGUUCUUGCGAAUGGCUAUGGCGGUUCUGCUUCUUAUUUA